AUGGCACUGCAAUUUCGCUUCAUCUACACUCACGCCACUGAAGACGCCUUCACAAACCCGUAUCCAGGUCCAAUUCCCAGUCGCGGCCCGGUUCGAUCGACUGUUACCCACUCCCACACGCACCAGGCGAACAACAAGCAAGAGCCAGCGAGAGAGCAAGCUGCUGCCAGGCCGUCUGCAACCGUGUCAACGAAAUUUACGAUUGAGAAGAAGCCAGCGAAUAGUACUUCAUCGGUGAUCGAGCAAGAAUCACCCAUGGGCGUGACUGAUGAGAGAGACGAGGAUGAUUACGCGAUGGAGGACUCCGAAGGACUUUCUCACGAAGAGAUACUAGACACGAUGUUCAGCCUUUCCGCGGAAAACGUAGAGUCGCAAACUGGACCUUGCGUUUCGACAACGAUUGUUCACGCACCUUACGCAUUUGGGGCACCUUCGAAAGCUGCCAUUCGCCGAGGAGUGGAGAAAAUUAUGGCACCACAAGAGAGGCAAUUUCUCGUGCUCGCGCAGACGACAGAAACCUACGAGCAGGCGGCUCGUGGCAUCAAUAUAAAACAAUGCAUGCAAAACCGGUGGAGGACGUAUUGA